AUGGAUGGCCAGGACCUUCCAAGACCACCUACUUUCCCGGUGCGGCCAGAUCUAUUUAACGAAGUGGAAUGGGGUCCGCUCCCUAGCGACAAGGAUAUCGCGCUGGCAUAUAAGCUCUGGAUUCACCAAGAUGGGCUUCUUGGGAAGGAAGUACGCUACGAUCCCGGGUCAGAACGAGAGGAUGAACCAGAGGACGAUGGCCCCGAUACCUGCCUCGUCCGAAAUGUGUACGAAGCCUUGAUGCAGCUUAAUCCGUUGCCUUUUGCUAAAUCGCAGCAAGUUGAGACUGCCCAGUUUAGACAUGAGUACAUCGCUUCUGACGAGAGCGAUGCAAGCCUAGGGAGCGUGAGAGCUAAGGGGUGGUCAUAUAAGGAGCUAUUUGGGAUGGAGUACCAAAACGAUGCAGAUGAGCCGGAGCUGAAAAUAGAGAUCAAUGGCCUUGACUUACAUAGCUCCCGCUGGAGGAAGGCCGGCUUGCAAAAAGAACUCCGGGCCAGGCAUCUCGACACUAAUGGAACGGUGGCGGAGUUAAAAGAACGCCUUCGCAACUCUGAGCUCGACAACUACAGAUUAGGGGCAAAGGAUAUCGACAAGGGAAGCCGACUGCCUCGUCAAACUCUGCUGCAAUGGGGAUGCACCCGGACAGAUGAUUAUAUGUUGAAAAUAUCGACAGAGACCGAAUUUAGUCCCGUGGAUAUGUAUACUUGGGCUAUUUUACUCAGUCCAUACAAUCCUGCAUAUUGGACCAGCCGAGCCUUUGUUUAUUAUCAGAUGGGUCACCUCGAUCUCGCUCUCGGAGACGCCCAUCGUGCGCAGCUAUUGUGUGAUGUUAUAACCAACCCGUUGGUCCGCAACUCUCAGCCGGGAUUAUAUACUCGCAUAUGGGACGCUAUAGAACGCCAUAUCUUACAAAUAAAAUACGAAGGGGUAAAAAUCGCUCCAGAAAUCAAGAAGCUUAGAGAUGUGUCCGGCGUCAGCGCCUUUAUACCGCACGUUCGGAAAUCGCUACAUCACAUGAUAUGCCUCAGUUUGCUUACACUACAAUGCUGGGAGGACUAUCAAACGAUUGAAGGUGACCAGGUCAAAAGAAUUACAAUGCGGGAUCGGGACAGCCGGGCAAUCCAAGAACGUCAACAAUUGUUUGCGGAAUUUGUCAAGGGCGUUUUGAAAGAGAAACGAGAAGACCCUAGAGAGUUUUUCUACGAAAGCCAUUACGGCCAUAUCCCUGGGAAGCCUUAUCCCUACUACCAGCCUAUUGCGCGCACAUCCAACGAGGUGAUAAACAAUAUCAAUAAGGAGAUCAUUGGAAAUUCCCAGUCGAUCCAGCUUGGCCCGUGCAAAAUUGAAGUUAGAGGAAAGUCAGACCGCCAGCUAGGUGUAUUUGCCAGAGAGUAUAUCAAAGCCGGAGAAGUCGUAUAUGCUGACGAGCCAUCCAUUCGGGGUCACCUCCACGAUUUCCACCGUCGAAAAGAAUAUCGGUGCGAAAAUUGCAAGCGGAGAAUUACGGCAGUUCCUAACAAUAGGGAUGCACUAUAUUAUAUUAAAAAUAGCCUCGCCGAAGCACGAGCUUUAGGAAUAGCAUGUGAGUGCGCCUUGUCGAAGUCAGAGCCUCUGUUUUGGUGUAAUCCUCCGCGGUCACUUGAGGCAGAUGCAAGAAAACCCGAGGACCGCCCUCGUCAAGCCGUGAGCAAUGCCGUGCCGCGUUCUCGUAAGAGGGGUGCCGACGGGGAGGAUGAUAGUGGCGGAGAACGCGAGCCAAAAAGGCAAAAGACUGGCCCCUUUUCAUGUUUCCAUGUGGCACUUACACAUUAUCAUUACCGUACAUGCGGGAGAGACUGGAAAUGGCUGCAAGAUGCAAUGAGACCUGUUAAAUGGGCUCUCGCAGAGAGGACACCGCGUCUGCACUAUACAAACGAAAGACACGGAACCGUUUUAAGCCUUAUGCUUAGAGAGGUCUUCGACAUAACCCUUGAAAGACGAGAGACAGAUGGGAAGCCAAACCUCCUAGCUUAUGAGAUCGAUGAAUUAUUUCCGCUGAUGGGGGCUGACAAGGAAAUCGAAGGGCACAUCUUCCCCUUCUCAUUCGCGGCAAAUAUCAAAGUUCCAUUUGAUAUCCUGCAGUGUCUUGGUGUUAAUAUAUUCCGAGACAUGACGUUCGACACAUGGGUCAUUCAACUUGUUCUCAGGAAAUUGCUCAUCAACACAAUUCCCUGGGACCUCAAUCGACGUGUAGCGGAUGUUGUGGAUACCCCCGAGAGCAAGGAACUCCGUCGCAACAGACUACCGAGUUUGCCGGAGAUCAGGUUUUCUGAAGCCGAUCCGACCAUUAAGGAUCUCUAUAUCUUCCCAGGAGUGUCGAUGUUCAACAGCGCUUGCCCAGACCAACACAACGUCAACUGGGAUUGGGAUCUAGCAGUUCCAAAUCGUAUGGUUCUGUGGGCAACAAGGGACAUCGAAGAAGGUGAAGAGCUGCUUAUCCCAUAUGUUCCGAUGAAGAUUGGAGGGGAUUUUGCGCAGCGUAUGUUCGGAGUUGGCUGUCGAUGCAGCAGGUGCAAGGACCACCCAAUCGUAGAAAACGUCUAUCGUACCCUUGGGCCUUAUGGGGACUCUAGCAGCGAAGACAGUGAAGAGAACACGGCGGACAAUAGCGGGGACGACAACGAUGGCGGUCAAGGCGCCGACGGCAAUAACAACAAAGGUUACCCGAUCACGGGAGAAGAGGAGUCAUCGUCAGAACCGUUCGCUACGCAACGCGCGAUGACGCCAAACCCAGAGGACGAAGGGGAGUAUGAUGAGGCUGAUUUCCGUGAGGAGUCAGUUCAGGCACAGGAUCAUUCCGGUGUGCCGUUCACUGAGGCCGUAGUCAGCUGGCACGCGGAUAAAUUGAGGACUGCGCUCAAAAAGGCGGCUAAAAGGCUUCCGAGACAUAGAAGAGGAGCGACAGACGAGCAAAGCUGAUACUGACAAGCGAAUAUUAUAUGGAAUGAAUAGCGUGAACUGCUCAAGGAUAUGUGGGCGCGGAGCGUGCUCUACGAUUACGACCCUGAUAUCAUGAAUACGACGUCUAAAUC